AUCACUCAAGUAGCCAAUAGUUUCUCAAUAUUCUUUUAUCUAUAUAUAUUCAUUGCCACAAGCAUUUAGGACCAACACAAAUCACUCACAUCCUAAAGCAUUAUAAUAUCAAAAACUUUCUCUUGCUUACAAGUCUUUUUUAAAACCAAUUUAUUUUCAAGUUUCAACACACAACAAUGGGUUUUCGUUUCCCUAGUAUGAUCAGAAGAGCGUCAUUUUCUUCAAACCGAACAGUUUCAAAAGUUGUGGACGUGCCAAAGGGAUACCUUGCAGUUUAUGUUGGAGAAGAAAUGAAGCGGUUUGUGAUCCCCAUUUCAUACUUGAACCAACCAUCAUUUCAAAAUUUGUUGAGUCAGGCCGAAGAAGAGUUUGGAUAUGAUCAUCCAAUGGGUGGCCUAACCAUUCCUUGCACCGAAGAUGUCUUUCAACACAUUACUUCUUGCUUGAAUAGGCUAUGAUUCUGAUACCAAAAGAGACUGACAUAGUUUUGUAGAGAUAGUUUUUUGUAAGCUAGACAUCUUAGCAUAUUGUAACAAUGGGAAGAAAAUGACCAUUAGAUUGACAAAUUUAUUUAGCAUGUAUAUUUUUGUUUAAUGACAAUGAAUCCACCUAUUCAAGCAUCUUCUCUGUGUUUCUUGUUUGCACUUAAG